CGGAUGGUAGAUGAUGGUGAAAUUUCAUUGAAUGGGAUAGACCGUUGGUCAAUUCCUCUUCCCCUUCUUCCGAGAAAAACACCAUUCCAUUACUCAAACCGACGCAGAGUCUCUCUCUCUCGUCUUUGAUCACGAAACGGAAUCGACCGUUAUCCUUGCGAAUCUCUACCGUUCGGAAAACUUCUCCGUUCAGAUUAAACGCCCCACAAUGUCCGGAGCGUGAUGUGAAGAAGCAGAGUUCAAGAAGUUUUUGCACUCUAUCAUCAAUGGAAGAAUCAGAGAAAGAAUCAAUAAAAGAGGCAUCAGUGGAGGUUUCUCAAGAGUUCAAGACCCUCAUUAAUACAGAUGAUGUUGAUUCCCUUAAGCAAAUACAGCACCUCAUUUGGGGAAGGCUACAGGACAGCAACGCGGUGCUCUCACAUUUGAAUGAAUAUUCUGAGAAUUGCUUUAAUGAGGUUUCAGGUGAUUUCUCCAAAAAUACCCGUCUCUUGAGGUCCAUGAAGUCGGACCUUGACUACAUCUUUCAGAAGCUAAGGAGUAUGAAGUCGAAGCUUUUGGCCACAUAUCCUGAUGCAUUUUCUGACGACUCUAAAGGAGAAAUAGUUGAUCGUAGGCCAGACCUCGAGCUGUUGCAGUAAUUACGAUAAUUUCUUGAAACAAGUUUGUGUUUGUCUAUUGGAGAAGAAGAGCGGAAGAAAAGCUUAUUGAUGCUCCAAUUGUCUUCAAGUCGAUGUCUCUAUUUCCUUUCUUUCUUUUAUUGGUUGCUCUUCUGCAGGUGAAUUAAUAUGGCAAGUUCUGCACGGGAGCAUCCUGUUUGUUUGUGGUCUAUUCACGAAAACUGCUAAUUCAGAGAUAAAAUGCCAUUGCAGUUGCUU